AUGUCUGAGGUUGUUAAAUCUAAUCUGGAAUUCGACGGCUCCGAACCCGAUACUAACGACGGCGUUGAUGAAUAUGAUAUGCAGCUGCAGUCAAAGAUUAACAAGUUUAAUGAGACAAUUAUAAGACAAGAAUACCAAAAAGAAAAAAAUGAAACAACUACAGAUUUAGGUGCAACUAGCUGCAGUUAUGAUUUACCUAAAGGAUGGGAAAAAAUAGAUCAUGAUAGUGAUAUGCCAAUUUACAUGAAUACUGAAACAAGAGUAUGCUCAUUUUCAAAGCCAUAUUAUCUUGGAGCGAGCAGUCUCAAAAAUCAUGAAAUUCCAGUAGAAAAUGUACCUUGCUUAAAUCAGAAAUUAAAUAAUGAAACAUAUGCCGCUUCAACAUCUACAACUUCAAACAAAUGUCCAUUAACUUUAAGCCAUGACGAAUAUCGGAAUUACUGUAGUAAAGUAUUCAAAUUCAAGAAUAUUAAAAGUUAUAAAUUUAAUUCAUGGGCAAAACGUCGACAAUAUAUUCGAAAACAAAAAGCCGAUUUAAAGAUUAAAAAUCUUCAAACUUCUACAUCAAUUCCAACUACUUCUGAUUAUAUUGUCAAAAACAAUACUAAUGCAUUUAAUCCUGAAAACCUUCAAACUUUAAUUAGUUUAAAAGGUAAAAGUUACAUUAGUAUAUUGCAUGAAUACAUUCAACGUGUACUAAAAACCUCAAGUCAUUCAUUUAUGAUCAAAGAACUUGAAAAUUCCAAGUAUCCUUAUUUAUCCAUCGCAAUCAUAGAUGAAAUACAAUAUGGAAUUGGUACAGGCUCCACCAAAAAACAAGCUAAAACGAAUUCUGCAAAAGCUACUCUUGAAAUAUUAUUACCAUCUGUCAAACAAUUUCAUAUUGAUAGUUCUAGUCAAGCUAGAAAUGGAAUUGAAGACAUUAGUUAUCUUGACCAUUACAAAAUCUUUGACCAACUUAAGGUAACAGAUUCCAAAAUACCACAAAUUUGUGCUCAGUCUAUCGAAUCCACACCAUAUGAAAUGUUAAAGCUUUGUAUAAAAAGAAAUUUUGGCAAUAGUUCAAAUCUUUUAUAUGAAGUGGAUCAGAUGCAAAACGAGUCUGAUGGAGACAAUUAUUAUCGCUGCACUAUGAUUAUAAGAAAAUAUUCUGCAACAGUUAUUUGUAAAGAUAAACUUGGUGGUCGCCAAAAAGGGGCUCAAGCUCUGUUAAAGGUAUUGCACCCUCACAUUCAUUACUAUGGUUCUUUAUUAAGGUUGUAUAGCCGUCAACAUUUUGAAUACAAAGAGAAUAAACCAAUCGAACCUACAGUUAAAAUCAAAAAAUGCAGAAGUUGUCCAGAUGUUAAUCUUCUUAAAACAUUAAGAACAGCUAUGUUAAAACUAGAAUCACAAAAAAAUAAUUGA